CAAGAGCUUCCAGAGAGAGAGAGAGAGAGAGAGAGAGAGAGAGGAGGGAGAUGAAGAAGGAAGACACGGUGAAGCUGAUAAGCGCAGAGGGGUUCGAGUUCAUCAUUGACAGAGAAGCCGCUAUGGUUUCUCAGACCAUCCGUAACAUGCUCACUUCUCCAGGCGGAUUCGCCGAGUCGCAGCUCGGAGUGGUGACUUUCCCUGAUAUAAGCACCACCAUUCUCGAGAAGAUCUGCCAGUACUUCUAUUGGUCUCUCCAAUACUCCAGAGGCAAGGAGACAGAGUUCCACAUCGAACCAGAGCUAACACUGGAGCUGAUGAUGGCUGCGAACUAUCUCCAUACUUGAACUUGAGUGUUGCAUUCAUCUUGUGCCUAAUAAUGUAAAAGGAACAUGCUUUGGGCUUCAAGUUCAUAAUGCCACAUGGUCGGAUGAUGUUCUUGCACAAGCGCCUCUCCAAAUUUGUCCUCCUUGACCAGACAUGCUUUUCAGUUUAAAAACUCCAAAUAAAAGAUGUACAUUUAAGGAUCAUGUUUUAUUGAAAUUCUACAUACUUGUAAAUGUUGAAAUGGCUGUUAUCUAUGGAGGGGUUUUUCGUGAA